AUGGGAGAUGACCAGUUUAAGCUCCCUCCUGGUUUUCGAUUUGACCCGACGGACGAAGAGCUUGUAGUUCAUUUCCUUCAACGUAAGGCAGCUCUCUUACCUUUCCAUCCGGACGUCAUUCCCGAUCUCCAUCUCUACCCAUACGAUCCAUGGGAACUAGAUGGUAAGGCUCUACGUGAGGGAAAUAAGUGGUACUUCUACAGCAGGAGGACGCAGAAUCGGGUUACAAGCAAUGGGUAUUGGAAGGCACUAGGCGUUGAGGAACCAGUGAUCACAAGAAGCUCUUGUAAUUCUACACACAAAGUUGGGAUGAAAAGAUAUUUGGCUUUUUACGUAGGAGAAGCUCCAAAUUCAGGCAUCAAAACUAAUUGGAUAAUGCAUGAGUAUCGUCUCUCUCCACUCUCAGCAGGAGAUGGACCUUCUUCUUCUUCCACCACAACAAGAUCAUCAUCCAAAAGAAGAGGGCAUCUCAAAACAGUUAAUAAUGAAUUUAGUGGAUACGUUCUCUGUCGAGUCUAUGAGCGUGAUGAAGAUUACGACGACGAUGAUGGGACAGAGCUUUCAUGCUUGGACGAGGUGUUCUUAUCUUUGGAUGACCUUGAUGAAAUAAGUUUGCCAAAUUAA